AUGUUUGGAUUUUAUUGUGAAUUCAGGGCUGAUGAGGAACCUGUUGAUCAGAAGAGAUUUCUUGAAGAGUCUUGCAAACCAAAAUGUGUGAGACCGUUACUUGAAUAUCAGGCAUGCAUAAAAAGGAUAAAUGGUGAUGAUUCUGGGCAGAAACACUGCACUGGACAAUAUUUUGAUUAUUGGUACUGUGUUGACAAAUGUGUUGCACCAAAGCUAUUCACACAAUUGAAAUAA